UUGGUGGUUAUAAACCCUACCGCCACAGGCCGACAAGGGUUUACCAUCUAAUUGCCUAUAGGCAGCGGCGGCGACGACAAGACGCCGGUAAUAAUGGGCGGCCGAGCUCAAGUGAACAAGGCGCACAAGACUCGCUUCUCUUCCAAGUCAUCUCGCAACGUUCACAAAGUCCCUUCCCAAGACAAAGGCAAAUGGGCCAGGCCGGAACGCAAUGUCCUCAAGGGAGCUCGGGCGACUCGGCUGCAGCGCAAUAAGAUGAUAAGGGAGCAAAAGAAGGCAGCUCUUUUGAAGGAGAAAAGAGCCUCGUCUGGAUCAGAUGCUCCUCCUCGUGUCAUUGUUCUAUUUGGUCUUUCUGCAUCUCUGGACCUUUGCUCCCUUGAACAAGAUAUUCUGACAUUAUUAUCUGCUGAAGGCACUUCUUCCGGGUUUCCAGCAGUUGCUUCUUCAGAAUUUAAGCUAAGAGCAACUGUCUUGAAAGCACCUCAUGGUGAUCUGUUGGCAUGUAUGGAAAUGGCCAAGGUUGCUGAUUUGAUAGCUUUUGUAGCAUCUGCAAUCUCUACAAGUCAAGAAGAUUAUAUUGAUUCAUUUGGAUAUCAUUGCCUCUCUGUCUUUAGAGCUAUUGGUCUUCCAAGUACUGCAGUGCUCAUUCGUGAUUUACCUAGUGAGUUGAAAAGAAAACAAGAUUUGAAGAAGGCGUGCAUUUCUAGCCUUGCUUCUGAAUUUCCAGAGGGUUGUAAAUUUUAUCCAGCAGGUACAAAGGAUGAGUUGCAUAAGUUCAUGUGGCUCUUUAAAGAGCAAAGACUAACAGCCCCCCAUUGGCGUAACCAGCGACCUUAUGUCAUGGCUCAAAAGGUUGAUUUGGUAGCUGAUGAUUCUGCUUCUGGGAAAUGCACAGUCUUGCUCACUGGUUAUGUUCGCGCUCGUGGUCUCUCUAUCAAUCAGUUGGUUCACAUUUCAGGUGUUGGAGAUUUUCAAUUAUCGAAGAUUGAACUGCUUAAGGAUCCAUGUUCCCUGAAUGCAAGAAAAGGAGAUGACUUGAUGGAGUCAGAUGAAAUAGACAAUGCACAAGUGAUCAGUUGCCUGACUCCUGACCCUCUGAAGCAAGAGCAUUUACUUAUUGAAAAUGUACCUGAUCCAUUGGCUGGAGAGCAGACAUGGCCAACAGAGGAGGAAAUGGCUGAAGCCGAAAGAAAUCACAAGGAAAAGAAGUUGAAAAAUAAGAUGCUUCCUCGAGGAACUUCUGAUUACCAGGCUGCUUGGAUUGUCGAUGACUCUGAUGUUGACAAUUCAGAGAGUGAAGAGAAUGAAGAUGGAGAUGAUGGUAUGGUACUUGAUAAUGGUGAAGAUGUUAUUCCCAGACAAGGACAUGGGGAUUGCUUUGCUCUUGAUGAGGAUCAGGGUUCCCUCUCACUGCACUCCGAUGAAGAAACAGAUACAGAUUCUGUGAUGAUGGAGAGUGAGAAGUUGACUAAGGAGCAAAUUGAGGAUGAGAUUAAGAAAAUUAAAGAAUCCCAUGCAGAAGACGAAGAGUACCCUGAUGAAGUGGAUACUCCAUUGGAUGUUCCUGCUAGGAAACGCUUCGCCAAAUACAGAGGCCUGAAGUCUUUCAGAACUUCUUCGUGGGAUCCCAAAGAAUCUCUACCUCCAGAGUAUGCUAGAAUAUUUGCAUUUGAUAAUUUCACUAGGACACAAAAGCUUGUACUGGCUAAGGCUCAAGAUUUGGAACAAAAUAAUGUUUCAGAAUGUGUACCAGCAGGCUCAUAUGCAAGGCUACAUAUCCGUGAUGUGCCUAUUGGUGCUGCAAACAAGCUAUGUAUGCUAGUUAAGACCAUGCCUGUAAUCUCAUGUGGUCUCUUGCAACAUGAGUCCAAAGUUUCUGUCCUUCAUUUCAGCAUAAAAAAGCAUGAGUCAUACAGUGCCCCUAUCAAAGCAAAAGACGAAAUGUUGUUUCAUGUUGGGUUUCGCCAGUUUGUGGCAAGGCCGAUAUUUUCUUCAGAUAAUAUCAACUCUGACAAACACAAAAUGGAGAGGUUUCUUCAUGCUGGGCGCUUUUCAAUUGCUUCAAUCUAUGCUCCAAUUUCAUUUCCCCCACUUCCAUUGAUUGCUCUCAAGACUGAUGGAGAAUCUACUUCAUUGGCUGUUGCCGCUGUUGGUUCCUUGAGAAGUAUUGACCCUGAUAGAAUUAUUCUGAAGAAAAUUAUUUUGACGGGUUACCCUCAAAGAGUGUCAAAAAUGAAAGCCUCUGUAAGAUACAUGUUUCACAAUCCGGAGGAUGUGAGAUGGUUCAAGCCUGUUGAGGUUUGGACAAAGUGUGGUCGCCGUGGUCGUAUUAGGGAACCUCUUGGCACACAUGGGGCAAUGAAGUGCGUUUUCAAUGGAGUCCUCCAGCAGCACGACACUGUAUGCAUGAGUUUAUUCAAACGUGCGUACCCCCGCUGGCCGAACCAGUGGUACCCAAUUGGCGCUUAGCUUUUUAAGCGGUUCCAUUUGUAGGGGCUAUCUGGGAUCGGGGAGGGUUGGCAUUCUUGUUUCUUUAUGCUAAUGGGAAUGAAGCUCUGGUUCAGAAUAGGCUAUUCAUUGUGUCCGAUGGCAAGAAGCUACAUGUGCAACCAAGUUCCAAAUGCCGCGUUUUUGCUAGAUAUGUGUAUAGCCAAAAAUUUUGCAUAUGCUUCUAUUAAUCUACGAAUUCUACAAGUAUUAUUGGGGUAAAAGGCUCAUUGGAUACAUUUUUCUCUUUUUUGGGUGUAUCUUAUUGAAUUUGCUGUCCCUGUGUUCACCAUUUAUGAUGAAAUUUGGAACUGGUCUUUUCCUAGUGA